CAUAAAAAGAUAGGGUUUACAUGAGCACUACUUUGUAGUAGGAGAUCUGGUAAGUUUCAUUCACAAACACCAAAACUAGCAUGUCCGGAAGACUCGUUGUGCCAAUUCCACCCUCUCCUUAGGCCCACCUGGCUGCUGUCACGCUGGCCUUCUUCAGUUGCUGAAUAGGUCUGCUGGUCCCUGGCUGCUAGGGAUGGGUCCCUAUUAGCCUUCUUAAACGAUGUGCUAAUUGUUGCUCUUCAGGAAUGUAUUUUAUUGACAAGAAUUUGAUUGCUUGAUUAAGAAAACUGAAGUGGUUCAGCUCUUCUUUGUACAUAUCAGUGAAAGAUAUAUUAAAAGGAAAGCACUUGCAAGAACUUUGGGGGAGAUACAUGGCAUAGUUACAUUGCUGGCUACUUUAAUAGAAAACUGCCUGUUUUUCACAUGAUUGAGUUAUAUCCAGGCUUCAAAAAGUUGCUCACAGAUUUACUGUAAGAAAAAUACACAGCGAAACUCUCUGUAGCAUUUCCAUGCAAGCUGAGUAGCAUUUUUUUUCUUCCAUGUGUAGGUGCAUGGAGCAUGAUCUGCUUGCCUCCUUCUCUUUGGAUUCCCAUCCACAUGCAGGAACAGGAGGAGGCUGAGCCCUGUGAGCGCGGCAGUGCACACGGAGCUGUUGCAUGAGCCGGCAGUGCCCCACACUGUGUUUCAGCACCCUCAAGUCACACAUGAUGAUGAUCUGAUUUUUUUACUCUGAAUAUUUUACGUGUCUGUUUACUGCAAGGAUAGCUUGGGGGCAGAGGGCUGGUGUUGAGUGUAUUGAAAGUUCUGCCUUAAAAAUGAGGACCUUGUUGGUUAUUGCAUUAAGGAAGAUAACAUGAUUGUGCCAGACACCUUCAGAGCAGCCACAUUUAUUGCAAGCAAAUCAGCAGAGAUGCAUAAGUGCUCGGCUGGUGCUCCUGUGGUUGUGCUGCACUUCCACAGUGCUCUUCCAUGUGCCUCAGAGGACCUCAGCCACGUUCCCCCCCAUAUCUUGACCUGAGCAGUCCCAUGUAUAUGACAGAGCCCACGUUUUAAGUUCGAUGCUGUGUUUCAGCUCCCUGCAUCAAUAGGGUGCCAUGACUUCUCACAGUCCUAACGAAAUGCUGAGGCAGCAUCCAGCGGCUUCAAGCAUCGAGCCGACCGAACCCCUGCCAUAACGCAGCGCUGUGAGCAUCCUGCCCAUGUUUUCCUGGGCUGUCAGCAAUACCAGAAAAGCGACGCUAGGGACCAAAUCCCGCCUAGAAAGGCUUCGCUCUACAAUAAAGCUGAAGCGCAGCGUCAACCCCGCUGUCAGGCUGCACGGAGGGCAUCGGCCCGGCACAGCGACAGCUCGGAUGAUGCCCGCACCGCGGGGACCUGCCGCGGCCUCGUGACAGCCCCUGCGAUGUGACUUCAGUGGGAAUCGCCCUCCCACCCCACGGUGGUGACCCCACCUCACGGAGGUGUCACCCUCAUUUCCCACCUACGGCUGAUUCUCUUCCUACCGAAGCCAGCGCUGAGCAUCGCCCCGCUGUCACUCACCCUCCGCCUGUUCCAGCCCCUCUGCUUCCCAGCGCUCCCGGCUCAGGCCCUUCGCAGGACAAAGAGCAGCUCUGAAGUACCUGAGGAUGGAUAAAGACUUCCGCUACUACUUCCAGCACCCGUGGUCUCGCUUAGUUGUGGCUUACCUCGUCAUCUUCUUCAACUUCUUGAUAUUCGCUGAGGACCCAGUGUCUCACAGUCAGACCGAAGCCAAUGUGAUUGUUGUCGGGAACUGCUUCUCCUUUGUAACCAACAAGUACCCCGAGAGCGGCGGCUGGAGAUGCCUGAAGGUGCUGCUGUGGCUGCUGGCCAUUCUCACAGGGCUGAUCGCUGGGAAAUUCCUCUUCCACCAGCGCCUCUUUGGUCAGUUGCUCCGUUUGAAAAUGUUUCGAGAGGACCACGGGUCUUGGAUGACAAUGUUCUUCAGUACCAUCCUCUUCCUCUUCAUUUUCUCUCACAUUUAUAAUCUAUUCCUCAUUAUGGCAGGGAAUAUGAGUGCAUACAUUAUAACAGACUUCAUGGGCAUCAGGAAUGAAAAUUUUAUGAAGGUAGCUGCAGUUGGGACUUGGAUGGGAGAUUUUGUCACAGCAUGGAUGGUCACUGACAUGAUGCUUCAGGACAAACCCUACCCAGACUGGGGGAAGUCGGCCAGAGCUUUCUGGAAGAAAGGGAAUGUUAGGAUCAUUUUAUUCUGGACGGUUCUAUUUACACUGACCUCUGUAGUUGUGCUUGUCAUCACUACUGACUGGAUCAGCUGGGACAAGUUGAAUCGUGGAUUUCUGCCAAGUGAUGAGGUCUCACGGGCAUUCUUGGCUUCUUUCAUCUUGGUGUUUGACCUUCUUAUUGUCAUGCAGGACUGGGAGUUCCCACAUUUUAUGGGUGAUGUUGAAGUGAAUCUUCCAGGCUUGCCAUCUGCACACAUGCAAUUCAAAGUACCUUAUUUCCAAAAGAUCUUAAAAGAGGAGUAUCACAUUCAUAUAACAGGCAAAUGGUUUAAUUACGGGAUUAUCUUUCUUGUUUUAAUUUUGGAUCUAAAUAUGUGGAAGAACCAAAUAUUUUACAAACCUCACGAAUAUGGUCAAUAUAUCGGUCCUGGGCAGAAGAUCUACACAGUGAAGGACUCAGAAAGCUUGAAAGAUCUUAACAGAACUAAGUUGUCUUGGGAAUGGAGAUCCAAUAACACUAACCCUUUGACCAACCGGACCUAUGCUGAAGGAGACAUGUUCUUGCACAGCAGAUACAUAGGCUCUAGCCUUGAUGUCAAAUGCCUGGCUUUUAUUCCAAGUUUGCUGGCUUUUGCUUUGUUUGGUUUCUUCAUCUGGUUCUUUGGGCGAUUUCAAAAAACUGACCAAGGCAUGGAGAAUUUAGACAAAUCAUACACAAGAAUGAAACGAAAGUCACCAUCAGAUAUGGGAAUGACACGAGAAAAUACACAGGUGUUAGUAGAAGAACCAUCAAGUUUUCAAGAACCACAUCUUGUAUCCAUAAAAUCAGACUUAAGUGAAAUAGUUUUUAAUUCUUCUCUCCUAACUUCUGAAAACUUGAAUGCACAAUUGAGUGAACAAGAUAGCCCCUUACAACCAGUACCAGAGUCUGCUGUCCCUAAGAGUAACCCUACAACAUAGAGUCAAAUACCCAGGAAAACCAGUUUAAAUAAGCAGUUGCUAUAAGAGUUCAGUUUUACCUUUUGUAAGUUAAGAUUUACAUAGUGUUUAGAAUAAGAAACUCAGUCUAUACCAAACGGUGCUCAGCAUGCUUUUUCUAGGAUUUUUUUUUUUUUUAUUUGUAUUAGAGUAUGUGCCUACUGUAUAUCUAACAUUCCUUUAUAGAUUGCUUCCCAAAAUUGCACAAGCUGUUUAUUAAUACAUUAACUGUACAAUAGUGUAUUAGAUGAUUACUUGCAGGUAUAAAAUUCUACCAUGGUGGUGCCUUGAGACAUUAAACUGUUUUUUAACUCAACACCAGGUGUAUAGCACAGUUAUUCUGAUCUGUUUUGCAAUGCUUUUUGUAUAUAGUUAUUUUCAGUAUCAUUUGAUGUCUUAACAGAGGAGAUAAACACAGUUAUUUCUUAAGGAGAUUUUCAGCUAGAACAUCACAACUUGACUUCGUUAUUUACUCAUCUGUGGAGCCAGGGACUUUUGAUGACCGGACUGCAGAGAAGCAUGUUGAUUACCUUUUAAUUUUUGCUGGCUAGCUGCCAAACACAAAUACAGAUUCAUUAUGCGGUAAACAGUAGAGCGAUAAUACAGCAUGGGUCACUACUUACGAAAAUAUAACUUUCUCCAUCAGUAAUAGCAAUUAGGUGAUAAUGCCUAAUUAUAUUUUUCAUAAUUAAAGAUAAACUGCUCCUUGAUUAAAAAUUCUGCCCUUCACCUUUCAGAAAGAGAGGUGAAAAUACGUGGCUGAAGCAACUUCUUCCAUCAUCACACCAAGCCUAUGUCACAUCAAAGAGACAAUGCAGUGAUUACAGUAAAGGACACAGAGCCCAUUAAAAAUCCUGUGUUUGUAUGGUUGGGUGCAGGCAUGGUGGAAUGGGCCAAUGAAAUGCACCACACACAGACACUCUUAACAAGUGAAGAAAUGUUUAGGAGUUUCAAUUCAAAUAGAUUAAUACUUGAGUUGUCUUGUACCCUUUUCUUUCUUCAUUCACUAUCCAUGAGUAAAUGUAACAUGGAAUCAGAAAUGUGCCGAAACUACUUGUUUUGCUUCUUGGAAGGGGACUUUGGAAUUCUUUGCUGUAUGAUCAAACAAUAUACACUAGAGAGACUGCGUAGCUAAAACAUCAGACAGACUGUGAUUUGCCUUUAAUUCAGUUCUAUAAAUUGUUGUUACAAGUUCCUAAAUAAUAAGUAAUUUUUUAGUCUGAGUUAUUUCCCUGUCAUUAACUUGUGUUGCUGUGUUUUGCCUUCGUGACUUUUUUAUCUCAAUUGUUUUGAUCUCUCUGCUUUAAAGUUUUAGAAAUGCUGAAUUUAGCAUGCAUAAUAGGACUAUGCAUUUAUUAACUGUCACUUGAGAGCCAAUUCUAAUAAAUAUUAUCCGACCACUGUUUAUUAUGAGGCAGGGGCACAUUAUGUUAGUUUUGGAGUUUAAAAAAAAAAAAAAAAUCAACAUGCACUGUCCUACUUAAAAUCAUAAAUAUUUCUGGCACUAGAAAGGACAGUAAACUCAAAAUCAAAUAUUUUUCUUAUUGAAUAUUUAUUAUUACAUAAGGCAAAAUUUCACUUUCUAAUCAAAUCAAAUGUUUUUCCAUUAAAAAUGUGAAUAAAAAUAAUCCCGUUAUUAGCUUUUGCCUAUUGCAGUCUAUAAAUUUGUUUAUAUAACUGAAGAUGAACCAUUAAUUAGUAAAAGUAAAACACUGUGAGAGCCCACCUGUGCUAUGUAAGAAGAGACUAUAGUGAUACUUGACUUUCAAGCAGAAUUUGAUUUAAAAAGUGAGAUCACGUUAACUGGUUACAGAAAUAGCUGAUUGAUUUUGCAGAUACAUGCUUCUCUGUAUGUUUUGGGCAAUAUAAAUCCAACCUUAGAACCCCCCACGAACCUACUUCUCUUUUUUUUUGCGCUUGGGAGUGGUUAAAUCCAUUAGUAAGCUGGCAGAAAAUGAAAGACUUACUUGAGCCUUACAGCCUGAAUGAUUACAUGACUCUGAGAAAACUGCUAUUAAGCAACUGAUCCACAGCUAAAAUAAUUCUGUGACCUCACAUUGAGUUAAUGCUUUUAAGGUCAUUGCAAGACUGCAUGAACAAGUGAAAAACAUCAAGUAAUCCUAGAUUUUGGAGGAGUAUUUAAAUUAAUGGUCAAGUAGAGAGACUGCUUACCACACAAAUUCAUAAGAAGUGGAAAGUCUUAGUGUUGCCACUCAUUACGCUCAGUUCAUUGAUUUAAUUAGAGGAGAAAGGACUUCUCAGUUGUGUGGGAGUCUCAUUUGUAAACAGAGAUGGACAGAGAGGAAUGUUUCCACUCUUCUUUCAGUAUCUUGUUUGAGAAGCCUGGGAUAGGUGGCUAGACUUACCCCGAGACCCUUCACUUUAGUUGUAGUCUGCUCCUAAGAACUGAUUGACCUGUAAUGUCUGGAGUACGUUUCAGUCAAUUUUUAUGUGCAGAGACCACACAAUUGGAGCCAGGGGAGAGUAAGUAAGCACACUCUAAACUCCACUCCUGUACAGAGCUACUAAUGCAGAUUCAUCCUCAGUUUUCUGAAGCAGCUUGUCUUCCACUGUGGAGCUGCUCAUGGGAGACUGGAUGGCUAAAUAGCCUAAAACUGGUAACCUGAAAUGGAAAUAUUCCUCCUACAAGAAUGUUCAUUGUUUUCAACUACUGUACAUUAUUCAUAUCCUGAACUGUUUCAUUAACUCAAAACAAUCUGAAAUCCUUUCUUCUUACCCGCCGCUAUGCGAUAUGUUUAGUUAACAUUUUCCUGAAAGUCUAACAAAAUUUUUUUUAGUCUUUUUUUUUUUUUUUUUUUUUCUUGUCUUGAAGCUGAGCAAUAUAUGGAAGGAAAGCAGUUAAGUUUUCACACAUGUUGCGCACAUCUCCAUUUUGCUCUCUGUGAUAAGCAUUUAAUAUAGGGUUGUGCUUUGUCAGAGACUGGGCUGGGUGCAAUAGCUCUUUUCCCUUUUUUUCUAACACAGAUAUUCUGUACAGUGAUAGAUUAUAGAUUCAGCUUAUAGAGCAUGUGUAGAAGUGACAUCUCUAUCUCUGGUCUAAGCACAUAAGAUUUAUGAGCCCACAGGUGCCUAUAAAUUACCUCAGCAUCCUCAACAACAUCCCCAACAAUUAACUCUGAUGAGACGGAAAUGAUAGGAAUCCAACAGAAGGCAAGAAUAUCUGUAGAAAUCACCCUAGAUAUUGUCAUAAUGUGUAUGAAGGCAGUUAUGUGUCUAAAAUCCAGCUGUAUAUGAUGUAUGUGUGUAUGUACAUUUGGAGUCUAGGAAUUAGCUGAUUGUCUUGGGGAAACUGCUGAUUCUCUCAAGCAGGCCAUUCAUUGCUUCCCUCUUUACUCUAUGUACUCUAUGAGUGUUAUUUAGUCCAGGUUGUUUGAUCUCUACUACCUCCACUUCUAUUGCCUAGAAACCAAAAAGGGACAUUUAAUUUCACCAUCUGCCUCCCCAAAUUAUAUUUUUGUCUAAUGAAUCAAAAAAAAAAAAAAAAAAAAAAAAAAGUAAAUUUCUUCUGUUUAAAAGAUUUCUGACCUCUUCAGCUAGUACCAUCAUACUCUGGGCUAUUACACGAUUGUACAGUAUGUCAUUGCUCUUCCUGCAGUGAAUUGCUUCCAUCACAACAGCCACCUGGAAACAAAGAACAAACACCUCUCGAACUGGAAAGACAGCAAUUCAGAUAACUACUAGACUGGCAAGCUCAUUUUCCCAGAAGACCACAAGUUAUGACUCACUAAUAAAAGAUGUAACAGAUUGUUAA